GAUUCGAGUUAGUCGAGAGCCGUAAUCAUGAAGUUGUGGACGUGUGUGUUGCUGCUGUGCGCGGCGGCUGUGUGCGUCACAUGUGAGCAGCCGCCGAGUGACGAGGACUGGCUGGAGCUGGACACCCCGCAGGGACCGGUGCGCGGCCGCAGGGAUCCCAACUCGGAUAUAUAUGCGUUUUAUAACAUACCCUACGUAACACAACCUUUGAACGAAGACAAAUACAAGCCGGCUUUGCCUGCACCAGUUUGGACAAAACCUUUUGACGCCGUCAACAAGCAUGUCAUAUGCCCGCAGCCGACUUUCCACAUAGACCUUAUGCCGAAACACAUGGUGAUGCAAGAAGAUUGUCUCAUCGCUAACGUUUUUGUACCAGAUACAAGAAAAAAGAACCUAUCAGUGCUUGUAUAUGUUCACGGUGGAGCAUUUGUGAUGGGAUAUGGUGAAAUGUUCUCAGGAAAGCGCUUAAUAGAAAAGAAAGAUGUUGUAUUGGUCACUUUUAAUUAUCGACUGGGAAUACACGGAUUCCUUUGCCUAGGUACUGAUGAUGUACCUGGCAAUGUGGGUAUGAAGGACCAGGUUGCCUUGCUCCGCUGGGUGCAAAAGAAUAUCGCCAGCUACGGGGGAAACCCGAAUGAUGUCACUAUUGCAGGAUACAGUGCUGGGUCUGCAUCAGUAGAUCUCCUAAUGCUCUCUAAAUCAGCAGAAGGAUUGUUCCACAGAGUCAUACCAGAAAGUGGUGGAAAUCUUGCCGCUUUUUCAAUCCAGAGAGAUCCUCUUGAAAUUGCCAAAGAUUAUGCAAAGAGAUAUAACUUUACCGAAGUUGAUGAUAUUUACGCUUUGGAAAAGUUCUACAAGACUGCCCCGAUUGAAUGGAUAACUGAAGAUACAUUUUUUGAUAGACAUGAUUCUACUUUCCUCUUCUCGCCAUGUGUAGAGCGUAAGACCACAGAUGAAGCAUUCCUCACUGAGUCUCCUUUAAGUAUUCUGCAGAAAGGUACUUACAAGAAAUUGCCACUCUUGUAUGGUUUCGCGGAAAAGGAAGGAAUGCUGCGACUAUGGUCUUUUGAAUAUUGGAAACACAUGAUGAAUGAAAAUUUCUCUGACUUCUUGCCAGCUGACUUGCAUUUCAAAUCUAAAGAUGAAAGAGAAGCAGUAGCAGAUAAAGUUAAGAAAUUCUAUUUCGGUGACAAACCGGUUGGCGAUGAUCAAAUAUUGAAUUUCAUUGAUAUGUUUUCGGAUAUUAUAUUUGAUUACCCUAUGCUCCGUGCUGUUAAAUUACAUGUUCAAGCCGGUCACAAUCAAGUAUAUUUGUAUGAAUAUUCCUUUGUGGACGAGGAUACCCCUCUUAUACCCUAUACUAACAUACGGGGCGCAAACCACUGUGCUCAAACAGGAGCUAUUAUGGACGGAUUAAACAUGACGCACUUAGAUGAAAGUUCGAUAACUCCAGCCAUGAAGAACAUGAAAAAGAUCAUGCGAGGAAUUUGGCACAACUUCGUUAAAACUGGUAAGCCGGUGCCGGAAGGUUCAUCACUACCCGCAUGGCCAGCAACAGGGGUCGACUGUUCGCCAUACAUGUCUCUGGGAGAGAAGAUAGAACUGCGUAACGAGCCGCUGCUGGAGAGUCGCUUCCGCUUCUGGGAUGACAUCUAUCAGAAGUACUACCUGGAGCCCAUACCUCCACCAGCACCCGGUGAUCAAUCACACCAAGAAUUAUAAUUAUAUAAGUAAACUGUAAAUAUAUCCUACAUAAAAAUAAACUAAAACUAAUUUAGUUAAUUUAGUUUCUGCAAGAGUGCUCUUUGUUUAAUUAACUAGGGUCAAAUAAGUCAACGUACCUACUUCGAAACAAUGAGACGAGUCUUGCCACUACAGACACGAGUAUUAUUGCUAUCAUAAGACAAAAAGAGCUAUUUUAAUUUAAAGCUUAUUGUGUUUAUUUGUGGUUAAUCUCAUUUUUAUGCUACAAUAUUCCUUGACUUUGAAUAUUGUUAUGUAUGUUUUUAUUCGAAUUUGUCGUUCUUAUUUUAAUCCAAUUAAUAAAAAAAUAAAAGAAAUCAA